GGCUUGCGCGGAAGCCUUGCAGAUAGGGGGACCGGCCCGGCGUGAGAAAAGGCGGCAGGGGAGGAGGAGGGGAGCAGUGGUACCCGCAUGUAUUAUGUUAAUGAGGGCGGUGGGCGGGGCCGGAUUGUGAGCUCAGCCCGAGGAGGGGAGCGAAGCGAGGGGGAAGCCCAAGGAGGAGCUGCUCGUUGCAGCGGCAGCAUCAGCAACGGCAGCAGCAGGAGGAAGGAGGAAGAAGAGGAGGAAGAGGAUGCAGAGCCCGGCCAGAAGCUGACCCCGGGGGGGGAGCCCGGCCAUGGCCUUCCUGGGGGGGCCCCGGCUCCUGGACUGGGCCAGCUCCCCCCCUCACCUGCAGUUCAACCGCUUCGUGCUGACGGGCUACCGGCCGAUCAGCACCGGGUCCGGCUGCCUCCGCAGCCUCUUCUACCUGCACAACGAAUUGGGCAACAUCUACACCCAUGGUGAGUCCCCGCAGCCUUCCCUGCCUUGCUCCCCGCAGCCCGUGUCUAGCACCGGCCUCUCCACCACCCCGCCGCCGUCGGCCGCGCUUUCUCCCGCCGGGCUCCGAUGCCCUCCGAUCUCCGUGCUUGCUCUCCCGCAGGGCCCUCCCUGCGAUUGCACCGGAUGCCAGCCCUCUAGCCCUAGGCGUGCAGCGGGCAUCCAGAGGUACCUCUACCUCCGCCCGGCUGCCCAGAGCUCUUGUACCCUUGCUUUGGUCUGUUCCUGGUGCAUUUCGGCAUCCCUCGGCUGCUGCUGCUGCUUCCGUUUUUCUUGCCCGGUCCCACAGCGUUGGCGUGGACCCUUUUCGCAGGGCCUGGCUCUCCCCCACCCGACGGAGUUUGAGAGCCGCGCGUCCCUUUUCAUGCCUCUUCCCUCUCCCCCAGCCGCCAAUCUCUGUCCUCCAGUUCCAUUGCGCCCUGAUCCCUAGACAGACUGGCAGCAUCCUGGCCGCCGGAGGGUCCAUGGACAACCUCAGUGUCACGCACGCGACAGCCCCACUGCAACCUAGCUAGCUCUCCGUGGGCAAUUUAGAUGCCUGUCCCCACGCUCUGCAUAUUUUUUCUCCCUCUCCUCCCUCAACCCCGGCUUUCGUGCCCCCUCGGAUGUCAGUGCUCAUUCAUUCUGCUUUCCUUGUCCGUUUCCAACGAGCCACCCCUUCAAAUGGUGAAUAAUUACAAGUUUAUUUUUCUGGGCUUAGGUGACUGUUUGCCGGAGUCGGAGCAAAGUUGCUGAGCUAACAUUGGCCACGGGAGUUUCACUUCGCUUAUUAGCUGUGUGCCCUGUUUCCUGGUAGGGUUUCUAUGGCAGCCUUAACUUUGUAUUAUCCUGUGUGGGUUUGUGGGAGAGCAGCUGACUUCCUGCGAAAGAGAGGCUUAGCUGCGGAGGGCAUGUUUUGCAUGCCGAAAAGCCAAGUUCAGUCUUGGAUGCCUUGAAAGGAACAUCUCAUGUGGUGGAGCAGGAAGAGUCUGGGUUAGAUGGACCCAAAGGCUGGCGAUAAUCAAAGAGGGUUUUCAAGCGCCUUGUUGUUAUGAGGCAUGUUAGGUUGGAGCAUCAAGGAGCCAGCUAUGACUCCCUGUCACCCCUUCACUCAUUCAGCUUUGUUUUGUUGUUGUUGUCUGACUUAUGGCAAUGGGGGGUGGAAUGUUUUAGAACUCUCCGCCCGCUUCCCAUUCAUUGCAAAGCUGAGUUUGGGCAAAACACACAAUGUGCUUUUGUCAUUGGUUUCAAUGGGGAUUGUUCUGGACACAAGCACCUGUGGCUAUGCUAGAGGAGGCUGAGCUGAAAAGCUCUAUUCUGGGGUGUUUGGGCAGAAAUUAUAGGCUCAUAUUCACACAGCCAUAAACUCUUCUGUAUGGGGAGAGCUUCUAUUCUGGAGGUUUCUUAUUGCAAGAGUACAGUUGUGCAAAUCACAUCCACAAAAGUGACUAGCUCUCACCUCAUUGUUUCAUGUGCCCAUUCCUCCUUGCAACAUAGCAACAUGAACAAUUUGGUUGCACCUUCAGUACUUAGGGGAUGGUUUGAAGUCUGCUACUGCUGCAAACCUGCUGAACCUAGGCGGACCUGAGUCUAGUCAGUGCCUGGAUGGGAGGCUGCCUAGGAAAAUAGGAGUGUAACAUAAAAAGAGGUAAAACAACAACAACAGAUCAGGACAAGAUAAAUUCUGUAUCUGAAAAAGUAGCUUGCAUGUAAGGCCUGGACACCUUGGGACCCACUAGUUUGUUACACCUUCUGUUCUUGCUGCCCACCUGGGAAUACAAAAAAUGAGGAUGUGGCUCAACACCUGGCAAACCACACCAUCUGGCUGGUGGGCUGUUUGGCUUGGGGUGGUGGUGACAAAUUGUAGCAAUGGCCACCAACUUGGAUGGCUUCAAAAGAGGAUUAGACUAAUUCAUGGAGGAUCAGGCUAUCCUGGGCUACAUAGCCAUGAGGGCUGUGCUCUUUUGCUAUCAAAGGCAGUAUCAGUUGCGGAGAAUGACAAAAGGGGGGAGAGCGCUGUUGUGCUCAGUUUCUGUUUCCAGUUUCCUAUAGGCAUCUGGUUGGACACUGGGGGAGCAGGAUAGAUGAGCCAUCGACCUGAUCCAACAGGACUCUUCUUAAGUUCUUAAACUGAGCCAACCUGCUUUAGCCAGAUGAAAGAGAAACAGUAAGCAUGAAUAUAUAGCAUUCAGAACACUUCCUGGUUGCUCAGAUUGCAGGCAAAAGGCCUGUGGUUCAAUAGCCAGCAUCCCUAGGCUUCUUAGUGACUGCCCUUCUUUAGCUCUCCUAUUGGAAAGGAUGUCAUAAAUCAGCCUUCCUCCAAUCUGUUGCCAUGCAUAUGUUUUGCUCAUAUUGGCCCCAAGCAGAGUGGACAUUGUGCUCCAUAACAUCUAGAGGGCACCAGGUUGGGAAAGGCUGUGAUAAAAGUAUGAAGAAGAUAACUGCUGUCAGAGUUCAGUCCAGAGCUGUAACCACAACAGCCCUUGAAACUUUUGAAAUAUUCUGCUCCCCAUUCCUAAACAGCAUGUAUGUACUUUAUUUAAAAUAUUUCAUUUUGGGAAAAAGGCUUCUAACCUUGUAGAGAUAUAACAAAAACCAUGCAGGCAGGAUUAUAUCCUGCUCACUGAAAGUAAUGCAUAAACCUAUUGUGCAAGUAUGUAGGUGGUUCUGCAAUGCUUUCCUACCCCUUAGGCCUCCUUAUUGCACAUUUUCUCACCCAGAACCUGUUUUUAUGCCACCUGUGGAACUUGGGAAAGUAAUAAUCAUGUCAUGUCCCAGGCCAGGUGUGUUGCUUGAACCUUAAAGGGCUUGGAGCAACAGCCCUGUGACAGAAAUUUGCAUGCCAUUUAUGAGACUCUUAAUCUCAGGGUCGUGGGUGUUAGGUGAAAAAUUCCUGCAUUGCAAGGAAUUUGACUUGAUGAUCCUCAAGGUCCCACCCAACUCUGCAAUUCUAUGCAAAUUGAGCAUGACUUCUAGAGGAAAUGUGCCUUGUAAUCAUUUUUAAAAUAAGUACUUUAAGUUUACAGAAAGUAAGAAAGAAGGGAAGGGCUAGAAGAUCUUGGGUCUGGUACAAAAAGACCUGGGGCCUGGACCCCUGACCUCCUCCUAACACACCAUCCCAGGUAUGAUCUGUAGGCAUCUAUUGCAGCCCCCUCAGCUACAGUCUUCGAGCAUUCAGAGCACUGAGUGAAUAGUGCCUGAGUGGAUGGGUGGCUUCCUGGAAAUCUCAUGUACAUCGUCUUUUGUGAAUAAAAGGUGGGAUAUGAAUAUGAAAUAAGAGCAAGUAGCUUUUGACCACAUGCAGAGUGUGUCCCCCCCCUUGGCACUGAGCUGCUGCAGCCAUUCCCCCCAUGUCAGUGAUGAGUAACUAGGGUACAGUUUCCCAGCACCUCUUAAGAAACAAAUCACUCUGCUCUCCCACUGCCCUGUAUUAGGGGAAUAAGGAAGGAAAAUGCUCACACGGCCAGAGAAAUGAAUUUGCCUGGGUAAUGAGAGCAGAGAGCAGGACCAGUUGGGCAAUUGAGCAAGCCGCAGAGUUGAGGUUGCAGGAUUUCCUCCUCCUCCUCACUGUUCUCGUGAGCUCAUGAAAUAAUCCGGUCUCCCCUGUAAGGGCAAACUGCCCUUUUACGAGCUCUCCUGCCCACAGGACCCCUUUCAUGUGUCACAAGCAUAGGCUCAGCAUAUUGUGCAAGCUGUGCGCUCUUACUCACCAUGGAUGAGGGAGGGAGCGGGCAGCAGCAAGCCCAAACGAAAGCAUCUUUUGGGGAAUGGCUUCAGCCUGCCCCAGCUCACUGGGUGGAGUAGGGUGGGGUCAGUUAACAGGCUGGAUAUUCUUGAAAUGGAUUCCCUGAGAACUGCAGCGGAGGUCAGGCGUUUGCUUGGCUUUGGUGGCUGUUGACGUGUACCACCUGAACACAUUUCUUCCCUUAUUGAAUAUCUAACAAAGAAGCAGAGAGUCCAACUCUCUGCCUCCAGCUCCUAUCAGGCCCAGCCAACAUGCCAGGGUUCAGGAAUGAGGAGGUGUAGUCCUGUGAGCUCUGAAGGGCCAAAGCUUCCUUUUCCUUGUUUCUCUUCCUUGUCUAGGGCAGUGCUUUCUGAGUGUUCACAUUUCUUCAGGAACACCCAAAGCUGCCUUGAUUCACCUGUAGUCCAUUAUUGGGAACAUGAGAAGAGCCUGCCAAUGGCCCAUUAGUCCAGCAUCCGAUUCUCACAGUGGCCAACCAAGUGUCCCAGGGAAGCUUGCAAGCAAGACAUGAGAAUAACAGCACUCUCCCAUCUUGUGCAAAUGGUAUUCAGAAGUAUUCACUGCCUCCAACAAUGGAGGUAGAACAUGGCCAUUGUGGCUGGUUCUAUUGAUAGCUUUGUUGUCCAUGAAGUGGUCCAAUCCUCUUUUAAAGUCCUCCAAGUUGGGGCCCGUCACGGCCUUCCAUAGUUUUAACUAUGCGCUGCAGGAAGUACAGUAGUACCUCGGGUUAAGUACUUAAUUCGUUCCGGAGGUCUGUUCUUAACCUGAAACUGUUCUUAACCUGAAGCACCACUUUAGCUAAUGGGGCCUCCUGCUGCUGCCGUGCCUCCGGAGCACGAUUUCUGUUCUCAUCCUGAAGCAAAGUUCUUAACCUGAAGCACUAUUUCUGGGUUAGCGGAGUCUGUAACCUGAAGCGUCUGUAACCUGAGGUACCACUGUACUUUCUUUGGUCUGUCCUGAAUCUUUCAGCAUUCAGCUUCAUUUGAUUUCCACGAGAUCUAGUGUUAUAUGAGAGGGAGAAAAACUUCUCUCCAUCCACUUUGUCCAUUCCAUGCAUAAUUGUACACAUGUCACCUCUUCCUCACUUUUUCUCUAAACUAAAAAGUCCCCAAUGCUGCAACCUUUGCUGCACAGGAAUGUUGCUCCAUCCCUUUGAACGUUUCACUUGCCAUUUCCUGAAACUUUCCCAACUUUGCAAUAUCCUUUUUGAGCUGAGGUGGCCAGACCUCUGCACAGUAUUCCAAAUACAGUCACACCAUAGACUUCUAUCACAGCAUUAGGGUAUCAGUAGUUUUUUUCCCAAUUCCUUUCCUAACGAUCCUUAGCAUGAAAUUUGCUUUUUUCACUGCUGCCGCACACUGGAUCAACGUCUUCAGCAAGCUAUUCACUAUGAUCCCAAGGUCACGUUCCUGGUCAGUCACCCCAAGUUCAGGUCCCAUAAGCAAAUAUGUGAAAUUAAUAUUUUUUGCCCCAACAUGCAUCACUUUACACUUGUUUACAUUCAGUUGCAUUUGCCUUUUGACUGCUUGUUCACUCAGUUUGGAGAGGUUCUUUUGGAACGCUUCACAAUCUCUCUUUUUGUUUUAAUGACCCUGAACAGUACUAUCAGCAAAUUUCACCACCUCACUGCUUACCCCUUACUGUGUGUGUGUGUGUGUGUGUGUGUGUGUGUGUGUGUGUUGUGUCUUCUGGUGAAGAUCUGUAAGCACUGUUUUGCCCACAUGCUCUCCAGUGUUUAUUUGCAACCAUAUGGGCUGGAUUGCUCCUCUUUCCUCCCCACCCCUUUUCUUUUUUUGUGAAGGCUGAGAUUCUCAGAAUAGUCCUCAUGUUGCAUUCUGCACAUUCCCCCCUGCAUUCCUGCAGAAUUGUGGUACAAUACACACACAGCCCCCCCCCCCCGGUGAUUUCCUGCUCAAAUAUCUGACUUUUUAAGUAUUUGCUCCUACACACAUGUUGUGGCAAGAGCCUGACUUGAGGAAGGAAAUUGUUCUCCAACUGCCGGUGUCAAAUGAGGGCAAAGAGCAACAUGGAGCAAUUAUGGGUGUGCUGAAGCGUUGAAGGGCACUUCUAGGGGACCAAUAAAGCUGUUUGCCAGCUUUGACAUAUAGCUAACAGGCUUCAAAGGUUAGAAUAAAGUAGCCUGAGCCACGUCAUUUUGAGAUUUGACACACCUGAUGGGGUGUGGGAGUUUAAUGGAUCAAUAUCCUAAAGAAAGACUGAAUUUGUGGCUUCCUUCCUUGGUGUUAGAAGGGAGUAGGUCCCUGGCUAAGAGAAUUAGGUUUCAAAUUCCUACUCUAAAGGAAUUGUUUUCUCUCUCAAGGCAAUCCCUCUAUGCCUGCCAUGAAAUCCUUGCAUGCUGCAAAGGAUUCUGGGAUGUGCGAGGCCUGUUUUUGUAUGAGGCCAGGUCUAUUUUAAGCUGGGCAUACUUGUACAUAUCCAACCCUCUCCCAUGGCUGUUUCUCUGAAUGGGACCAAAUGGUGGGCAGGUGGUCUUUUGAGGAUCUUGUCCACUGUUUCCCAUCCUUCUCCUCAAGGAAUUAUGGGAAAUAGUUUGGGGAAGCUGCCCUGGUUUUAGAAGGGAUUUCCGUGCGUUGUGUGCAUAUGAGCCAGGUCUAUUUUGCCCAAAACGACGGCGGUUGUAGGCGUUUUCUUAGAAGAAGCCAACAGGGCCAUGAAAGUUGUUUUGUUUCUGUUCCGCUGAGGCAAGUGGAACUUUUGUAUAUGUGUAAACUUGCUUAUGCCAGCUUCCCAGGGGAAUUGCCUCGCGGAUACCAUGCUGUUGGUCUGGCAGCAUCGUCAGGGUGGGGAAUCUCCAGGGAGCGGCAUGUACCGGCACCUGGGAACUGCUUGGCAGCAUCCGUGCCCAUGGCCGGCUUCCAAUAAAUCGCAGGGAACAAAUCAGGCAGGAGUAGGAACAUAAGUACUUCUUCACUAGAUGAGGCCAAAGGUUGAACUCGUCCAACACUGUGUUAUCAAUAGCCUUGGGGAGACUCAAAAACAAUGCAUGAAAAUGAUGGCAGCCAUGAUUGAUCUGGGUUUUUUGGGGAGGGGUAUACUGUACCUGCAUAUGGAGGUACAGUUCAGUUUCUAUUGAGUUGUUGGGUCCACAGCUUGAGGGCAGAGUCUUUCCUUCUGUUCAAAAUAUCCCAGGUUCAAUGCCUUGUGAAAGGAUACCUGCAGUAUAGCUCAGUCAGUAGAGCAUGAGACUCUUAAUUUCAAAGGCAUGUGUUUGAAUCCCACUUUGGCCAAAUGAUUUCUGCAUUGCGGAGGUUUGGACUAGAUGACCCUUGUGGUCUCUUCCAGCUCUAGGGUUCUAUGAAAGAACUCAAGUUUUUGGAAAGCCACUGCCUGUUAAGAGUAAAACCAUAUUGUUCUGGAAUCUAGAUAAACCAGUAGCCUGAUGGUGUAAGCCAGCCUCAUAUGUCUGUGAGAGGCUCAGGGCCCACCCUGUUAUUAGUCAGAGCGUGCCUAUAGCCUAUAGCCCAUAUACUUAUGGGGCUGUGGUGGCUGAUUCUCCCAAGCCCCCUGGCCAUUCACACCACAUCUGCCCCAGACAUUUAAAGCACUAUCAUUCCACUUGAAACACCCUGAGAGCUGUUAGGAUAUCCCUAUUCCUUUCACAGAGCUACAAUUCCCAGAGUUCCUCAGGAAGAAGGAUGGACUGUCAAACCACUCUGGGAACUGGGAGCAUUGUGAGGGGAAUCGGGGGUCUCCAACAACUCUUGGCACCCUUAAUAAACUGUGGCAUGUUGGUGCUUUAAAUUUCUGGCGCAGAUGUGGCCUCCUUUCGGAAAACAGAGCUGCGUAUUCUACAUGGCCCGAGAGCCAGUGUGGUGUAGUGGUUAAGAGCGGUAGUCUUGUAAUCUGGGGAACCGGGUUUGCGUCUCCGCUCCUCCACAUGCAGCUGCUGGGUGACCUUGGGCCAGUCACACUUCUCUGAAGUCUCUCAGCCCCACUCACCUCACAGAGUGUUUGUUGUUGGGGGAGGAAGGGAAAGGAGAAUGUUAGCCGCUUUGAGACUCCUUAAGGGGAGUGAAAGGCGGGAUAUCAAAUCUUCUUCUUCUUCUUCUUCUUCUUCUUCUUCUUCUUCUUCUUCUUCUUCUUCUUCUUCUUCUGUCAUUCACCCCUAAAAAAGUCUGGUGCUCUCAGGUGCAGUAGAGGGUGUUAUCCCGUCCCCAGUGUUGAAGCAAGAGGUGACUGCUGCUCAUAUCGGCUUCUGUCUAUGGUGGGAGGGAUGCCCCAUUGUGUCCUUUGCCUCAGGCAGCCCAAAAUCUUGCACGGGCCCUGGAGAGAGAGCAUCUUCCUCUGGUUAAUUCUUGCUCAUUUUCUCCCCUCACGGAACCCAGGAGCCCUGCUGGGAAUUACCUUUCCAGCCCUCUGGGGGCUAAGCAGCCGUUGAUCCUGGCUAAUCCAGGCAACGGAGAGAUUGAGUCUUGUUCUGCUCUCCUGGCCCAACAUUUAAGACCUGGGGGCAGGGAGCAGCUAUGGAGUCACAGUUCCCAGGGGAUUAGAAGGGCCUGCAUUUCAGCUGCCCUGGAAAUAGCUUUUUUAAAAAAUAUAUCUAUAUAUUCAACUCCCUCCUACUUUGAAGGACAAAGGGUAUUAGAAUAUGGUCCACAGGUGAGAAGAAGAGAAUGGUGAGGGAUAAAAUCCAGGAAUCUUGGCUUCUCUUGGCGUGGUCUGCCUGUCCAUGAGGCGAGGCAGUCACCUCAAGCGACAGAUCCGGCCUCUGAGGAGAGUGCCGUCCGCUACUGGCAGGGAAAAACAGGCUCUGGUACUCUGUACCAGUAAAUACUGCCUCUCACAAAACCAAGCCGUGUGUGUAUGCAUAUACAGUCCUCAGGAUGCCUUACAUGGCCUUCUCUUUGCCCACAAUAACCUUCCUGGCUAAGUCGGGAUUUGAACCCGGAUCUUCCCCAUCCUACUUCAGCACCUGAUAACUACCUACCUGCUAGCACGUUUGCAAAGCUUAAGCAGGGACUGGUAUGUUUUCAAACGGGAUGGGGAAGACCAUGUGUUGAGCUUCCUGCAUUGCAGGGGGUUGGACUAGAUGACCCUCGGGGUCUCCCUUGCAGAGCUACAAUUCUAUGACUCUACCUACACCUUGCUGGCUCUUGACAGGUACAUGGAAAACAGAGACCUGGAUAGGAACAGCAGUCUGUCUGGAGCGGGUGGUGGUGGUGCAGAAAUACAGGUAGGCGUUUUGAUAAAUGGAUGAGUGGGAUUUAAGGUUAGCUCUACUGGCUGGUGGGCAUAGAUGCUGUGCAGAGAGUGAGGGGACUGCAAAGGGCCCUGGAGAUAUCGUAGUGGAUCCAGCAGGAAAGGUGGUGUUGCAGCGGGCUGGGAAUCUGGGAGGUUUUUGUAUUGCUGAGAGGAUGUGGUGGGCAGUACCCACACUCUUCUGGGAGGGAGGCAGCUGUGUGGGUAAUGUGAGCUGUUCCGGAUUCUCUUGACCUCAGUGACAUUGUGCAGCCAAGAGGUAGGAUGAGGACACUGUGCAGAAUUUCGCCCACCCCUAAAUGCUACCCCCUGCAUUUGGCCGAAAGUAAGACUGGGCUUAACACACACCCCUUUUGGCUCGCAGGAUGUCAUUCAAAUAGCGUGAGAGAUUCAAUACCAUUGCAGCAUACUGCUCUGGCUACUAAUCCUUUUUAUAAAGUGAUCCCGGUUUUCUUCUUCAUCGUGUGUCACUUAGUGAGUUGAGCGAAGCUUUCCCUUCCCUUUCACAGAUGGGGGGAACUGAGGCUGCCGUUUCAGCCAGGACCACACAAGGCAGAUUGAUUUCAUUUUUUUUAAGAGAAGGAUUUUCGUCCCCCACUUUCCGUUGUUUGCAUCCUCGAGAUAACUUACAAUUUAAAUGGUAUCAAGUGUCGGCAGUAAAACAAAUUGAAUAAGCAACCUGACAAAUUAAAUUUUAUAGUCUAAAAGCAAAUAAAGAGGUAGACGGUGGCUAGGAGAAUAUUAAUUGCUGUUUGAAGGCUCAUGAAAAACAGGGCUGAUUGAGCCUGGUUUCUUGUCUGAAAGAUGACGGUGCCAGGCAAAUGUGGUUGGGUGUGUGUGUUGCAAUAUCACCUGCCUAAUCUCCGAAGGUGAAGACACCUACAGAAGCACCUCGCAACUGUCUUUCUGGCUCAAGCCAAAAUUCACCUUAUCCAGCUUACCUGUGCAACAGUGGCCAAGCCAGAUGUUACUAGAAAGAUCUCAAAGUAGGUCACGGAGAUGGACAUCCUUUGUUGUUUGGCCCCAGUAUCUGUUAAUGGGUGGUAUACUCCUCCUAAACAUGGAGGUUCAAUUUUUUUUAACCAAUUCCCUCUAUUUCUUGUGUUCAGAAGUGAGUGCUUAUAUAGCCAAAAUGGCGCCACAUACAUAUAAGAGGGAGGGACUGAAAAGUUCAAGGAUACCCCAAGGUUUACAGAAAUACCCCCCCCCCCCGCAAAUAAAGCCUUCAUGAGAGAAAAGUGAGGGAAGAUCCCCCCCCCCCAUAGCCCAGUGAGGACUGAGCAUUCUCACUGGCCAGAGAAUGCUGACUGACCGUCGUGUGGGAGAGCAAAUGGAAAAAUGGGUGGGAAGGAAGCGGGAAUAAAAUGCAGCUUCACAGAGGGCAAGGCUGGCUCAGUGAACAAGAGCACUGCACGCUGCAACAUUUUGUUGCAGGGCCUGCUGGUUGGGUUUAAACACCAUUGAUGGGCAAAUCUGCUAUGGAUUUGUUGGCUCAAAUCCAUUUUAAAAAAACCAACUGCUGGUAAAUGAGUGGACUUUGCUGCAUUUUGUGGAAAUUGUGCAUGAGGAAGAAAUACACCUUGUUUGCACCUUCUGGCACACAUCCUCACCCUUCAACUCUUUACUGCUAUGGCCAAGGACCAACCCUGGCGCUAAGAGGCGAUAGUGCCGCUUCCUGAUGCCAUGUGCCCCUGUCUUUUCCUACAGAGACAGCCUUGAGCCUCCCACUUUCUAUCCGUCUUCAGGAACUGUAUUUAUUUAGCUCCUUCCAGGUAGUUAAUGAUGAUCCAAUUAUAGGCUCAGUGUUUUUUUCUCUUCCCCGCCCCUUCCAUCCUGCCAGGGGGUCCAACGUCAUGCAUCCUCCCACCCCAUACAAGUGCCAGGACGUAUCCUGUCCCAGAUGCUGAAAUAGCAGUUCCUGGGAUAAGUGGCUUACACUUGAGCAGCUGACCUCAGAGGUGGCAAGCAGAGCCCAGACUGAACUCUGGCAGUAGGUGGGCCUUUGAGGUUUAACACAAAAGCGUGAGAGCCUCAUGUGCACCUGCAUUUCUGCAUACAGUACACACAAAUCCUUCCUCCUGAUCUCUGUCCCUUUCCUCCUCCUCUUGCCCACCCCUCUAUUAAGGACUGGAUUAGCAUCUAUCUGGGUCUGGGACUCUUGUAAAAAAAUGGGGGGGGGCUGCAUUGAUUGGGCUGUAUGAAUAAUAGGUGUAACAGGCGGAUUGGUUCAGCUCUCUGAAAAAUGAGGUUACCCUUGAUUAAGCCUCUGGAAAUGACAGUGAAAUGUAAUAAAAGGAGAGAGAGUGAGAAGGGAACAUCCCUGGCUCUGAGAAUGGGUUUGUGUGUGUAGAGCCAGAAUCGCACAACGUCAGCGUUUCACGGUGUAUAUUCCCCUGCCCCGAGUCUUUGGCUCAGACCGUGAAAUCAUGACUGUUUAAUGUUACAGAGUCCUGACGCUUCCGGGUCUGUUAUCCGAUCCCUAACAUGUCCCUGGGGAGGAGAGCAAGGCCGGGAUUGUGCUUCUGUGACAGGUCUGUAGCAGCGAUUGCAGAAACUGAGAACAGGAAAGGCAGAGCUGGGUGUGCAGGGGUGGGAAAAUGAGAAUAAACUUGGAUGUCCCCGAUGCUGGUGCUAGGGCCUGGAGACAAGGACAAAGAGUAAGACUAUUUCAGGUGUAACUUGCUUUAUUCAUGUGGGAAAACAGCAACGCUGCCCUCUCCCCUCCACCGUGUCCCUAUCUUUAUUUUUUGAAGUGUGGCCUGGAGUCUGCUUUGGGCAACCAACACAAGCAUCUGCCCUGAAGCAAGAUAUCCUCUGGGAAGUUUGCCAGAUCUCGCUGCAAGGCUCCUGCCACUUCAGUGGCAGAGUUCAAUGGCCGAGCCUUGAUAACUCUGCAGGGGACAGUUGUCAGGAUUUUGUGUACGUGUGCGCUGGGGGGGAAAACACAACACUAAAUGUUGUGCCGAGGAUGGCUGAAUUCUGCAAACGGUGUUAAGUGGAUCUGUGUGAAUUUUGCAAACCCUUUUUCUCCUGCCAGUCAUGAGGAGGCAGACAAGUCCUGCUCCCCUUCUCCAAACUCUGGCUUCUGAGAUCUUGCUAUCGUUUCUAUGUAGACCCUCAGGUCGGUAUGUACUUAUCACAUUUCCUUCCCUGUAGUCCCGCUGGAAGGAAUUCAGGGGCAGAAUAGAUGGGAGCAUUCAUUUUUUUCUUAUUGCUGUUCAUUAGAUUUAUACCCUAACCCUUCCAUUAAAACGUCCAAGACUGCUAACAACAAUAACAUUUACGAUAGAAAUAAAAUAACAAAUCCGCACAAUAAAUAAACAGAAUCAGAAUAAAAGAUCACAACAACCUUAUGAGGUAGGCAUAGGUGAUAGAGAAGGCUUAUCCAUGAUUUCUAUCUGUGCUUUGUGGUCGAUCAGGAAACCUUUCAGGAGCUUCAGUAGUCACUGCAUUACACUUUUAGUCUUGAGGGUUUGUUGUUGUUUAGUCGUUUAGUCGUGUCCGACUCUUCGUGACCCCAUGGACCAGAGCACGCCAGGCACUCCUGUCUUCCACUGCCUUCCGCAGUUUGGUCAAACUCAUGCUGGUAGCUUCGAGAACACUGUCCAACCAUCUCGUCCUCUGUCAUCCCCUUCUCUGUGUGCCCUCCAUCUUUCCCAGCAUCAGGGUCUUUUCCAGGGAGUCUUCUCUUCUCAUGAGGUGGCCAAAGUAUUGGAGCCUCAGGUUAGAAACUAUUAAAAAAAAACCAGCAGCUGGGAGUUCUUAGCUUGCUGAAUUCUGUACCCAAACCCGUUUGGUAGUGUAGUUUGUGAGAGCCACCUGACCUUGACAGUUAUUCCCCUACUCCUUUUCAUACCUCUGUUUGCCACCCCCCCUUUUUGUGUAGAAAACAUCCGAUUGGCAAAGAGAGGGUUCUGUUUCCCAUUUUGUUCCCGUGUGUGGAUUUUGGAGCAGGCCUGAGGCCGUUCCCUUCCUCAGGGCUUGGAGAGAGUGGUUCUCCUCUGCCACCUUGCCUCUUGGGAUGUGUGCAGCAGAACAGCCUCUUCAGGUGGCACUGUGAGUUAAAAUGUACCUUCCCAGCCCCCGGGUGCCAAGUUGCUGCGUGGCUUCUUUAAAUGGCCUGGCUGCAUUUUGGAGGCAUUUUGCGGUUGUGCAGCUGGCGCGUGGGUACCACAAUCCCCGCCGUCAGCAAAAUGCAGGCUUCCAAGUUAUUUGCUGACACGGCCCUCCCCGUCGUCCUUGGGACCGUCGUCCCGUCAGGUGGGGAUGCUGGGAGCCGUCGGGGGUGGGGGUAGAAAACAGCCUGGCUAUUUACCAAAACGCUGGCUUUGGGGAGGUGGGGGGCAGGUGUGCUUGGCUUAUGCCCUGUGGCGGCCAUUGCUCCCUGCUCUGUAGCCCAAAAGCUUAGAUUAAAUCGUCAUAGUCUCUGCUGUGCGAGAGAUGAAAGUCAUCCUAGCUCAUCUUGACUUUGGCUAGAUCACAGCCACGUGCAAUGCAAUCCCCACAUCUCCAGGUAAGGAUGGGAGCAACCUCUGCCCAGAGCCUAGAGAGGCACUGCCAGUCAGUGUAGGUGAUACUGACUUAGACAGGCUAAUGGCCUGACUCUGUAUAAGGAAGCUUCCUAUGUUUUUGAGGUUAUAAGCUUGCCCCCAGCUGCCUAACCUGUUUGUCAAUUUUAUUUAGAACAUUUAUAACCCACUUUCUCAAGGUGGCACAUAUGGUUCUUCCCCACCCUCUGUUUUUAUCUUCACAACAACCCUGCGAGGUAGUUAAGCUGAGAAGCACUGAUGCAAGGUCACCCAGGGAGCUUCAUGGCUGAGUGGGGAUUUGAACCCUGGGCUCCUGGGUGCUAGUCAAUCACCCUAACCACUGCACUACCAACAACAUGGGGAGCCAAUGGGUUUACUCAUUGUGUUGCCAUGUCCACCCUCUUGCCAAAGUUUGGGGAAACAGCUGCUGUUAGUAUACCAUUCAAGAAAAUCUGACUCGGACUGGGGAGACCUGACUUCAAAUGCUCCCUGCCCUCCCCAGCCACGAAAUUUGCUGGGUGACCUUGGGCCCAGUCACAUACUCUCCAGGGUAGUUGUGGCAGGAGUAGGAGAGAACCAUGUAGUGGCAUAGCGCCCCCUAGCCAGGAGCCUAGGCCCCAGAUGUCUGAGUGCAGAGGAGUGGUGGGAGGCCCCAGCUGGGGAACCCCCAGGGGAAGAAGGUUCAGAGCCAGGGGAUUGGUGGUGGGAUGACGAUGAGUGGUCAGAGGGAGAAGCGAGAGCAGGCUGGGAGGAGGAGGUGUCAGAAGCUGAAGCAGUAACAGGGUUUAGUGAGUAGGAAGAGGCAGUGGUAGAGUGCAGUCCAGAAUCAGAAACAGAAGCAGAGGCUGGACAGGAAGGGGCUAAGAGGCAGAGGUGAGUCAGGCUGGUGAAGAAGCCAGGGAGUCUCCCCCUCCUGCUGUGGCAAGCUCCCUUCCCUCUGGUCUCCCAGAACCAGAAGAGGUAUGAAUAGGGUGGAGCAAAGGCAGGCACACAACUGAGUCUCAGAUUGCUUCGGAAAGACCUGGGAGUAUAGGAGACUUAGGGAACUGUGGGAACUGCCUCAUAGGGGCAAGAUCUACUAGGAAGAGUUGCUCUUGUCACUAGGCCUGGCCUAACGUGUCAACCUUGUUUUUUGAAUAAAGAAUUAACUUUACUGAUGCCGUGUGAUUUAUGGCUUACCUGGCACCUGCUCCUGAUACCAUCUGUGGCAUCUCCACUGGAAUUUUUUGAAAUUAUUAUUAUUUAUUUAAAAGGAAAGGGUAAAGUCUGCAAAAGGGCUGUGCUUGAGAACUUGGAGACCUGCUAUCAGUGAGAACAGGCAAUACUAGACUAGAUAAGGCGGCUUCAUUAUGUCCCACUUCCGCCUCACUACUACUCAUGUGACUGCCUGAAAAACUCAGAUUCUCUGUCCAGCAGCAGGCUGGCAAAAGGGAUUCUAAGGCUUGGGAACUCAUGGUCUUUGAUAACUUUGGAACUCUGCCUCCCAUCAUCCCUGGUCAUUGGUCAAAUUGGCUGGGGGUGAUGGGAGUCAUGGGUGUAACCAGGGCUUUUGUAGGGCGGGGGAAAGAAUCCCUUUUUAUUGAUUUGAGGGGGGCAGCUGCCCCUCCCUGUCCCCCUCUUGGCUAUGCCCAUGGUGGGAGUUGAAGUACAACAGCAACACCUGGGCAGGGGGAACACAAAGGUGCCCUGGCCCAAGCUUGCAUGUUCGCCAAUUGCAUAAAAGAGUAGGGUUGCAUGUGUUUUGUAUCCUGGAGCUUCACUGUGCAAAUAAGAGGCACCUGUUGCAUUUCUCUGUCCCUUGUAUGUGUUGGAGAAGCAGAUAAUCUCACAUGGCGGGGGAGUGACCACUUGGGAAUCUAACCCAAAGAAUCCUGGGAAAGGAGGGUGCUGAGAAUUGUGGAUCUGUGAGGGGUAAACUACACUUCCAGGAUUCUCUGGGGGAAGUCAUUUGUUCAAAAUGUAUGGCGUAUAUUCAGCCUAAGACUCCCCCCUCUGCUUCAGUGUGUGUAUCCCGAUUCCCGACUGAAGCGAACUGUUUUUCAGGCAGAAACUGAGAAGAGGUGCAGCUUUUCCUGGCAAGUGAGAUUGCGGUAAUGGGGUAACAAAGGGCACUGACCUGCUAGGAGGGAAGAAAAAAAGUUGGUAGCAGCAACUCUUCUCUCGCUAGCUGUGGGCUAGGUGACAGGCCCCUUGGGGCCGGGGGGCUGACUCAGUCUCCCUGGGAGAUUCUCUUCUGUUUCUCCCCUGCCUCUUUCUAAAGGAGUAUUUCUGGCCUCUUAAUGAAUGUUUAUCAUGUUCCUAAUUGAGAUCUGGCUUCGGGCAGCCUCAAUUAGCACAGUAAUUGGGUUCAGGGAGACCUAAUCUGUUUGUGUAAAGCUGUGGCCUCUGGGGGAAAUGGAGGGUGAGAGAGGGGAGAGUUGAGGCUCAGCGGGGAUAAGGAAGAGUGAGGGUAGGGCAGGCUGGAUCCACAGGUCAAGAAUCUACCAGGCUGCUGCAUUUUGGCGGUGGAGAGAAAAGAAAUCCAGUCCGUGCCCCAUUGGGAGGAACAUGGCGUUGGCCUGCUCCCCCCCCCCCCCCCCGGUUGUAAUUAUUGAGGAAGAUUUAGCUCAUUAAAAUGUUUUUCAAUGCUGCAAAAGUUUCCAUAGUACACAUUGAACAGGUGAUGCUUGGGGAAAUUGCAAGCGCACACCAUUCGCUUCAAACUUUUUUCACUGUCAGAAACAAAAUUUCAGGGGGAGUGGGAAAGGGCUGUUGCUUUAAUGUUUACACACAGAGUGAGAGAGAGUGUGCUCAAUCCAUGCUUCUGUACCUGGUAGAGUACUAGAACAGGUGGCCUUCAGGGUCUUAUCAAAGAUUCCUCAACGGAGCCGUCGCUUUGCAAGAGGAGCAUGGAUAAACCGUGUCAAAGGGUGUUCAUUGCUUAAGACGAGCAGGCUGCCCCUGUCCAAAAAUGCUUUAAUGGUGGCUUUCCCGAUGCCGCUUUGAUGCUCCACGAUUUUUCUUCCAACUGUGUUCUGACAUAACAAAUGGGAUAGCAGGAGCAGAGGAUGUGGGUUGGGAGGGGGAGAGAGAUGCCAAGGGCCUGAAAACUGGAGAAGAUACACCUGGUGCUAACUGUUAGAGUGGGGCACUCUGUGGGAAGAGUUGUGAAGAUGGUGGAGUCCCAGGGCUGUCCCUGAUUGGAGAUGGGAUACUAGGCCAGCUCUCUUCUUCUCUCUUUCAGGUAUCCCUCUGCUGGGGUGUCUCUUUGUGUUGCCCUUGACCAUUCCGUGGACCCGACUCUCCGUCUCAUGGCUAGGAAUAGCGCACUACCUGGCUUGCGUCUUCCCACAGCUCGGCAGUGUGCUCUACCACCUCUUCAUGAACCACGAGGGAGGCCCUGCUGUCUACCAUACCUUGCUCACCCUUGAUAUGUGUGGGGUAUGCAUGGUCAACACCUUGGGUAAGUUAAUAGUGGUCUCCUCCCUGGUUUACUGGGAUGCAGGUAGCGACCGAACUCUGGCACAGAGGAGACGUGAGAAGCUGGAAAGGAGAGGUCUACUUUUGAUGGGGACAAUGGCACAUAGGUACUGACAGAUAUCACAGAGGGCAGAUCCUAGAACGAGACAAAAUUCGAUGGCGACCCCCUUGGGUCAAUCUUGGGCCAAUCUUUGCCCAUGAGGCUCUUUUCCCCAAACCAUAACCUGUCACCUGGUGGGUGGGAGGGUUGGGCCAAAUCCUGUGUGGGCUAUGUACCUGUUCUGCCAGCUAGGCAGAUCCUGAUAAGAGCCAAAAAUGUUCUCUAUGGCGGAUGAUGUUUAGGAAGCUUAGGUACCAGAUCAGAUGAUUGGUCCAGUUUAGCCCAGUCCUGCCCAGGCUGAAUGGCAGCAGGUCUCGGGUAGAGGCCCAUCCCAGAGCCUACAUGACCCUUUUAACUGUAGAUACCAGGGAUAGAACUUGGGAAGCCUUACUUACCCCAAAAUAGCCAUAAAAAUGGUUGUGUCUCACAGUGGCUCACAUCAAUAAAUAAUGUUUAAGAAGUUGAGGGGGGGAGGGGGAAGCGGAAUCCAGGCUUACAAACUAAAAAGACAAGACACACAGCAAAAGGGGAGCGGCAGAGGAGGGAGAGCACUUCCUGAAGGCCUGAACAAAGUGCAGAGCAACAAAACAAGUGCCUGGAAGGCAGGAGCGGGCUAGUGUGUGGGAUGUGGGAGCCAAACUGAAUCGGGCAUGUAAAUUCAAUUAAUAAUGAUGAUGAUAAUAAUAAUAAUAAUAAUAAUAAUGUGCCGUGAGCAGCCAAAGUUCAUUUGGGAGUGGUAGAAAUCUGGCAAGGGAGAGGACGUAGAGUUCGGUUAGAUUCAGAACUGAGGGGUCCUAGGGGUAUGCCUGAGAGUGUGGGGGCAGCAGCAUGACCAUCCUACCAGUGGUGGAGGCUGGCCACACAAAUGACAAUUAUAAUUACCAGCUUCCCCCUCACCCCACCCUGCCCUUAACUUCCUGAUGGGCAGACUGUGUUCCUCUCUCUUCCCUGCAGGUGCUCUCCCCAUCAUCUAUUGCACGCUGGCCUGCACCCCGAUUCCCCGCACGGCUGCCCUGCUGGCCUACACGGGCUUGUCGAGCUACGGCAUUUUCUGCGCAGUGACUGCCAGCUCCAGUGUCCGGCGCCUGCGGGCUUUUGCCUGGCAAGCCCUCUUCCGCUUCUUCUUCUUCUACCUGCGAUGGGUGGGACUGGGCACCGGCCACCCCUCCUCUCUGCGCUCAUACCUCAUAAUGGACGGCUUGGCCUUUCUCGGGGGCGUCAUCAACAUCUCGCGGGUGCCUGAGCGCUGGAAGCCGGGCCGCUUUGACUACUGGUUCAACAGCCAUCAAAUAAUGCACGUGCUGGUGGUGGUCAGCAUCCUUUAUCUCCACUGGGGAGUAGUGGCUGAUCUGCAGUGGAUUGGCAACCACGCCUGCCCCAUGGAAUGAAUGACUGCAUCAUGUCCGGAUCCUACCCUUCCCAUCGAAGAACCCCACAGAUUUAAGACGUGGGGUAGGCCACAAGUUCCCGUCAAUCAAAGUCUUUGACAAGGGCUGACAGACAAGGAAGGACGUUUUUUCUUUUCUUUUUUAUACAACUCACUUAGAACAGGGUGGUGUUAUUUUUUCGUUCUUGGGGUUAUGGUUUUCCAUUGCUUUGAGUAUCUGUGGAUAAACAUAUAUAGGAUCUGGAAACCUUGGGGUCUACGGCAAUGGAUUUCCAUUGGUUGAGGUGCUUCUAGAUUGUGGUGUUCAGCUGUUCUUCCAAAUUGCCAUCCAGGGUGGAUGGCCUUGUAAACAUUCUUGGGUUAAGAAGAAUUCUAAAUUGCUGACCUGUAGCCUUGUAACUUGUGAGAAGCUAUUGAUGGCGCUAGCAAAGGUUAUCCGUACUCGAAGCCUCUUGCAUCAAUCCUUGCUGGCUGCAGGCUUUUCUGCAUCAAAGCUAGACUUCCUUAGCUUUGGUGGUGGUCAAGGAAGAACGCCAUUGUUUUGGACAUCUUUUUCACCUGUUUUGAGGGUGACGUAUGCACUGGGCGAAUAGGAAUUCAAUGGAAUACACUUGUUCUGAGUACAGCCUCUCUGCUUUAUAGAGACGAGUUAUUUAAAUAGACUUUUUAUCCAGGUAUCUUUCAGACACCAUGCAAUACUUUUUUUUUUUUUUAAGGGCUGGUUAGACACCUGGGUAUUGAGGUCUGCUGCACUGAGUGUUGGUGAGGACCUUGAGGAAAGGAAUGGGGUGGGAUACAGCUAGUCUAUUAUGGAAGAUGCUCUGUAUACAUUCAUUUGCUCUGAAAUAACUUGAAGCACUGAACCAGCUCCCCCCCCCCCCACUCCUCCGGAGGGGUAAUUAGCGGCCUUGAAACUAGAUUGGGUGGAAGGAAGGUCUAGAGUCCAGAUUUCCACUUCUGGUUCUUCUCACCAAAUCUGGGUCUAUGGCUGACUUGCAACAUGCUUCAGCUUCCCCUUUCUCUCCGGGGGGAGGGAUUUGGGGAUCACCUUGCAAUGUCUGUUUGCCUGUUGAACCCCACCUACUGCUUUCGUAGCUAUACCUAUUAGGCCGAGUGAGUACUUUCCAGAGCUUAGUUCAGCAUAAAAUGGGAAAAGGUCUUUCUCCAUUUCUUGAUAGAGAUGACUGCAGCUGCCGCUAACCUAAGUCAGUUGCUGCUAUCUUCUUACCCUGUCUUCCUGUUCACGGUUGGACAGAAGGCCACCUACCCAUAUUUCCAAAUUCCAGUUCACUUCCUUCACGGGCUGCGGAAUUAGUCCAGCUGGCCUACCUGGUCAGUUAUGAGAAGAAGAAAUAGCUACAUUUUUAACUUAGGGCUGUGGUCAGCAACUAGAUUUCUGAGUGGUCCAUUCUGCAAGCAUGGGGACAAAAGGCUGCACCCCUGUGGCCUUCUAGCAAACGCCGUGGCCGUCUUGUUUGGCCCAGGGACCUGAGCCAUAAUUUAGGUCACCCUUUUCCAGCUAGCUACCCUCCAGAUGUUUUAGUCUGCAACACAAGUGCAACUGUGUGCUGGCUGCAGCUGAUAAGAUUUGUACUCCCAAGAUAUAUAGAAGGCAGCAGGCUGGGGAAGGCUGAUAUAGGUACUCAGCCAUUGCAAGUGGGGAAAAUAAUCCACAGUUUUUAAACUUGUUUCUUGAUGUACUGGGCCCAUAGAACACUCUUCCACAUUUGGGCUCUAAAUGAUAAGGUGAAUGGUUCUUCAGCUAGAGUUCGUUCUAAUUUUUAUGGCAGAAGUUUUUAAGUCCCCAUGUCUUUUGUUUGGCCUCAAUGGAACACACCCAAACUAGUUCACGGAAAUCAGCAUCCCAAUCCAUGUUGGGUAGCCCUUAUGAAUAAAGAAAUAUUUUAAUUAUAAAUUUAACAAAUGUAUUUACCUAGGUUACAAUUGUGCCGCUUUUUAAAAAGCCACAUAUUAACAGAAGGUGGGGUUUCUAUAUUUUCUAUGCAGCAGCACCACCUUAAUCUGAAAUCUGUACUGUAUAAGGGGCUGAAUAGUGGAGCAUGCCUGCAAAUAGUUCAAACCUAUUCUGAUGAUCCAGACUGAUAGCUAGUUUUUCAGUGGAGGACGCAAGUCCUUCUGGAUUUCAUUCUGAUUUAGGGCCAAACAAGGUAUGUCGAUGUGUCUUUCUGUGAAUGUGAGUGGGUAGAGAAAUGAAAGCGUUAACUCUGGAACUUUCCCCAUUUUGAAGGGGAGGCCCUGUGACUCUGAGCAGAAAAACAACCAAGAGACAGAUUGUAAAGGGAUCAGCAUGCCCCCCCUACCUCUUCUGUUUCAACUUGCAGGUGCCUGAGGCAGAUUGUGUGUGUUAGCUUUUUUUUUUAAGUCAGGGAAAGAUAAAUAUGUGUCAUAUUGCUUUGAAUCUCAGUCAACUUUAGAACAGAUAACUCAGCUGCUGGAGGUGAGGUACAACUGACUGAGGAUCUGAAAUGACCACAAGUAGGGCAGAUCUCAUGGGGUGGGUGUGUGCACGUGUGUGUGUGUGUGUGUGCUCAGGGAGGGGCAGUGAGUUUGAGCCUUCUGUUUGUUGUGUGUCACAUGUUGUUGUCUGCAAAUGCAGAAAGAUGAUGUAUCAGUGGUGUGACCCGGUCUUCAUUAUGGCUGAAUUAAGCCUUCCACAGUGGGGUGGGAAGUGUCUUGUGUUUUUCUGCUCUCAACUGUUAUGGGCUGGGGUUUCACUUGCUGCCAGCAGCCUAGUCUUGUCUCUUGCUAUCUCAGGGUAGACGGACAUGGUUAAUGUUCGCAGCUUCUUUGGGCUGAAGCUACAUAUCAUCUUAAAAUAUAAGAGCAAGGCACCAAAAAAAUUUUUAAAAUGCACUCCAUGCAGGAGGGAGGGAAAGAAGGGAACUGUAGGUGCUUUAUGGUCCAGAACCUCAUUGGGCAGAUGGCAGGUCUGGGCUUCUAAUAAAGAGAGCUGUCUAAGGAAGACUCAUCUUUUUCCUGGCCUGUCAUAAGUGGUACUUAUUCUUUCAAAGUGUUGCAAAAGGUUCCUGAUGGUUGCAACCUCUUCCACUAGGAUGUGUUUUCCCUGUAGGAAGAGAUAAUUCAUCCAGGUUUCAAUCCAGAAGUACCCUCCAGUUAUCUUAGAGAUGCUACACAGAUGUUCAUCUAGGUCCUGGAAUACGGCUCUCCUGCUGACAUGUCAGGUGUAUUUUUCACGUAACAUUAGAAGAGCUUUCAUCUCCCAGUGCAGAAAAAUGAAAUUACAGUUUGACAUCAAGUGAUUAAAUAUAUC